GGCGCCGACGAGCGCCAGGAGCCCCAGCGUCACGGCCAGGCCGGCGGGGAAGCAGCGGGGCGGACGGGCGGUAGUGGUGGCGGCAGAGCGGCGGCUCCUUCCGGCGCCCCUUCGCCACCCUCUUUGCUCGCCUUCUUGCCGCCCUCGCCGCCGCUACGUCCCGCUGGGGGCCCUUCGCCGCCACCGGAGCCCCCCCGGACUCGCUCCCGUUCUCGCUCCGGAUUCUUCAGCCUCCUCGCCAUGAACGGCGGCACCACCGCUACAGCCGCCGCCGCCGCCGCGCACUUCCAGCCGCCGCCGCCUGCCCCACCACAUCUCCAUGGGCCGAGCCUGCCCGAGUUAGGAGCCCGCAGCCAAGGCAGGGGCAGUCCCGCUGGACACGGGCACCCUCGAGCCCCGCCGGGUGCCCGGGCGCCCGCACCAGGUGGUAUUGGUGCUUCCUUCCAGUGCCAGCUGAUCCAUCAAGAUCACAUCUGUACUGAUGACAGUGACAAGAGCGAAGAUAGUCCAAGUCCCAAGAGACAGCGCCUUUCUCAUUCAGUCUUUGACUACGCAGCAGCAUCACCAGCCUCAUCACCACCAAUGCGACCAUGGGAGAUGACAUCAAAUAGGCAGCCUCCUUCAGCUCGACCAAGCCAACAUCACUUCUCAGGGGAACGAUGCAACACACCUGCGCGCAACAGAAGGAGCCCUCCUGUUAGACGCCAGAGAGCAAGAAGAGAUCGACUGUCUCGACAUAAUUCCAUUAGUCAAGAUGAAAACUACCAUCUUCCUUAUGGACAGCAACAAGCAAUAGAAGAACCACGAGCCUUUCACCCACCAAAUGUGUCUCCCCGUAUGUUGCACCCAGCUGCUCAUCCGCCACAGCAGAAUGCAGUCAUGGUUGACAUCCAUGAACAGAUUCACCAGGGCACAGUCCCUGUUUCAUAUACAGUGACAACAGUAGCCCCACAUGGGAUACCACUUUGCACAGGCCAGCACAUACCAGCUUGCAAUACGCAGCAGGUCCCAGGGUGUUCUGUGGUUUUCAGUGGGCAGCACCUUCCUGUCUGCAGUGUGCCUCCUCCAAUGCUUCAAGCUUGUUCUGUUCAACAUUUGCCAGUUCCAUAUGCAGCUUUCCCACCCCUCAUUUCUAGUGAUCCAUUUCUCUUACAUCCUCCACACCUCUCCCCACACCAUGCUCCACAUUUGCCACCUCCAGGCCAGUUUGUUCCUUUUCAGACACAGCAAUCGCGAUCGCCUCUCCAAAGGAUAGAAAAUGAAGUAGAGUUACUUGGAGAUCAUCUUCCUGUAGGAGGUUUUACCACCUAUCCACCUUCAGCCCAUCCACCAACAUUGCCUCCCUCAACUCCCCUUCAGUUCCUAGCGCAUGACCCUUUACAUCAAGAGAUGUCAUUUGGAGUACCUUAUCCACCCUUUAUGCCUCGAAGACUCACAGGGCGCAGUCGAUAUCGAUCUCAGCAACCAAUUCCGCCUCCCCCUUACCAUCCCAGCCUAUUGCCAUAUGUGCUAUCAAUGCUUCCUGUGCCACCUGCCGUUGGGCCAGCCUUCAGUUUUGAGCUGGAUGUAGAAGAUGGUGAAGUAGAAAACUAUGAGGCACUGCUGAACUUGGCAGAAAGACUGGGUGAGGCCAAACCAAGGGGAUUGACAAAAGCAGAUAUUGAACAACUUCCGUCUUAUAGGUUCAACCCAAAUAACCAUCAGUCAGAACAGACUUUGUGUGUAGUAUGCAUGUGUGACUUUGAGUCAAGGCAACUGCUUAGAGUUUUACCAUGUAACCAUGAGUUCCAUGCCAAGUGUGUCGACAAAUGGCUUAAG